AUGUCGGCAGAAAACGAGGGUACACCACGAGUGUUCCUCAUUCGUCAUGGUGAAACAGAAUGGUCCAAGAACGGACGAUACACAGGAAUCACGGACCUGCCAUUGCUCCCCGAGGGGGUGGAAAAGGUGCAGCAGACGGCCAGCGUGGCGUUCGGGGCCGGGCGACUGGUCGACCCGUCCAAGAUCGGGCUGGUGGUCUGCAGCCCUCGCAGACGCGCGCGGCAGACCCUGGGCCUGUUCCUGGAUCGGAUUCCGGAACCGGCGGUCCGGGCGAGCCUCGAGUCCAAGACCACGACGACCGAAGACAUCGCCGAGUGGGGGUACGGCGACUACGAGGGCCUCCUGACGCACCAGAUCCGCGAACUGCGGCGGUCGCGCGGCCUCGACGGGUGCGAGGGCGGCGGCCGCCCGUGGAACGCCAUGCUCGACGGGUGCGAGGGCCCCGGUGGUGAGCUGCCCGCCGACGUGACGCGGCGCGUCGACAGGGUCAUCUCGCGCGUCACGACGAUGCAGAGAGACGCCCUCGACGGACGGAGGCCGUGCGACGUCGUCAUCGUCGCCCACGGCCACAUCCUCCGCGCCUUCGCCAAGAGGUGGUUGGGCUUCGCCAUCGACGAUCCCGUCAGGUUGGAGUUCCAGUUCGAACCGGGGAGUGUGUGCGGCCUGAGCUACGCUCACCGCAACAUCGACGAGCGUGUCUUGCUUGCUGGGAUGAGGUGGCCCGUUCCUUCCGAUUCUUCUUCUUCUUCUUGA